AUGAAACAUCUAUUAAUGGACAUGAUUAAUGAUAUACGAUAUCGUAUACGUUGUAUUGAAAAAUAUUCAUCCAUCAAGAUCAUUCGGCCAAUGCUCAUCACACAACAGCGAAAACAAGAAGAAGAUGAAUUAUGGAAAUUUGUUCGUGCAGUGUACAGUACUCUUUCUAUAAUGAAUAUUAUCACUGUAUUCAUAAUAUUUGGUGGCUCCAAAACAUUGACCGUUGUUGCAUUAUUUUAUUCAUCACUUAUGUAUGUUUCGGUGUAUAUGUCGCCGUCAAAGGCUAUACGAUAA